AUGGACAUAACUCCCUUAUUUAAAGCAUGUAUAAAAACAGUAAAAACACGAAAUAAGACUUUUGGUAUUUUAAGUCCGAUUCCAGAAGAGAAGAAAGUUAUUUUGCGGCAAAAAUCUAAUAAAAAUGGUUUUAUGUUAACUGCAAAGGACAUUACUUCUCAAAUAACAAAACUAAGAGAUUUCUUGUUAGAGCAUAGAGAGAGGUAUCUAAACUACUUAAAUGACAUAUCGGAGAAUGAAAUGACGGAGUAUGAACGUGAUCAAAUAGACACAGGUGCUCAAAGAAUCAUCAAUACAUGCUCGCAUCUUAUUAAAGAAUUCAGGAGUGAUAACCGCAAAUUAGGUGUAUCACAACAGAUGCGAGAGUACAUGGAUGCAGUGAUUGAUCUUAUAGAUACUUAUUUAAAAGCAGUCUGUAAAAUACAUAGUGAAUUAAAAGCUUUUCGUGUAAAGCGAGCCUUAGAUAUGCGAAAACUCUCACGUUUAGAAGUGCCACAGAAAACAUCUUCCAUACCAAACCCUUUCACUGUUGGAGCUGAAAAAGAGAAUGAAAUUGAUUUGGAAGAAAUUGACAGUACAAAAACAAAACUUGAGCUAUCAGAGAAUGAAAUAGCAGUUUUAUCUGAUGAAGGUGAAUUAAGUGCUGAAGAGUUGCAAAUGUUUGAAUCUGAAAAUGUCCUACUCCUUAAUGAGCUAAACAGUUUGACGGAAGAAGUGAGACAAAUUGAAAGCAAAGUCUUACAUAUAGCCGAGUUGCAAGAAAUAUUUACUGAAAAGGUUUUACAACAAGAGCAGGAUAUCGAUCGCAUUGCCAAUACUGUAGUAGGAACCACAGAAACAAUGAAAGAUGCAAAUGAUCAAAUUAAGCAGGCAAUUCAAAGAAACGCAGGAUUACGAGUGUAUAUAUUAUUCUUCUUACUUGUCAUGUCCUUUACUCUUCUUUUCUUAGAUUGGUAUAAUGAUUAG